ACACAUAUUUAGAGUGUUGAAGUUUCAGUUCUCUAAAUCCACAAAUUCACUUCUUCUUUUUCAAAAGCUACUAGUGUCAGUUUCAUAAGCCCCUUCUUUUUACUUAUUUCACAUUAGCCACCUGUAUAAGCCCGUGUAGUUCUUUCGGCUUGACUACAUUAUCUUUUUAUUUCUAGUACUUGUUAACUGAUCCGCUCAGAGAAAAAUUUUAUAAUAAUCGUCAUCGUAGGGCUCUUCAUCCUCAGUCAUGGUCUUUUUGUGGAUUGGAGUUUUAGUUCUCAGCCUCUGUAACUGGCUUACAAUGGUCAGUACUAGAAACCCCAUAUUUUUCCCUUGUGAAAAUGACACCUCAUCAGUAAGAGUGGAUUGUAAAAAUAGAGAACUAACCAGCAUACCUCCUAUUAAAUCUGUCUCUGUGCUCUCAUUGAACCUGGAUGAAAAUAAAAUCCAGAAGGUGAAGAGCAAUGCAUUUAGUGGAAUUCCUAACCUUCAGAAUUUAAGUAUGAUGUGGAAUUGCCCCCCUGGUAAACUGAAACAUCUGGGAACACCCCCCUGCCACCUGGAUAUUGACAUGGAUGCUUUUGUCACUCUGAAAAACCUGACCCAUCUCUUUCUGGCUGGCAAUAGCCUGACAUUAGUUCCACGUUUGCCUGAUUGUCUGGAAGUCCUUGGUCUUGAAUUCAAUCAUAUUUUUAGGGUUAUGAAGCCCUUGGGGUGCCCACGACUGAAACAGCUUCUGCUGUUUAAAAACUGUUACUAUGACAAUCCCUGCAAUCAAACGUUUUUCAUCAGUGAGACAGUAUUCCAAGACCUUCCAGAUCUUCGGAACCUCAGCCUGGGAUUUAACAACAUAACUGCUGUUCCACGGGGUCUUCCUCCAUCCCUGGAGAGCCUUGACCUGAAAGAGAACAAAAUCAGUGAAAUUGGCAGCACGGAGUUUGCCAGUUUGAAAAAUCUAAGGCACCUGAAUUUGGAGUGGAAUUGCCAGCGCUGCGAUCAUGCAGCCCAGCCAUGUUUCCCCUGCAUGAACAACUCUUCCAUCAAGCUACACCCUCAGGCAUUCCAGAACCAAGGCCAACUUACCUACCUGAGCCUUAGAGGAAACUCACUGAGAACUCUGCCGGAUGGAUUAUUCCAGGGACUGCAAAGUUUGACCUCCUUGGACCUUUCGGACAACCUGUUGGCCUACAGCAUCAGAAAUGGCACCUUCUUCAAGGAAUUGAAAAGUGUCAAGACUCUCAACUUGAUCUACAACUAUGAACCCUUGAAGACCUUCAGAAACCUCAUCUUAUCUCCCCAUUUCAGUGAAAUGAGUUCCUUGGAAGAACUGCUGCUUAGUGGUUAUUUUUUCCACAGACUGACCCAACGGGGCCUGAGUCCUUUAAUGAACCUCUCAAAACUUGAAUAUUUAGAUUUCCGAAUGAAUUUUAUCACAGUAUGCAAUCUUACUUUAUUCAGUAACAUCAAGAAUUUGAAAACAAUUGUUCUGUCACAAAACAUGUUGGAUUUUAUUCCACAUUAUGCACCCAGUCAAUCUAGGUCCCUAAAUCCAGACUUCCUGGGUGACAGCAUAAUCCCCACUCCCGAAACACUAACCACUGAGCCUCUGCCACCACCUCUGGAAGCAGAUGGUGGAAACUUUCUAAACAGAAAUAUGUGGACUUUCCAGAAAAAGCACUGCCAAGGAAAACUAUUUUUGGACUUAUCACAAAACAAUAUCUUGACACUUAACGAAAGCAUUUUUAAAGGAAUGGAGAGGGCUGUCUGUUUAGAUUUAUCACUCAAUUAUUUGAGUCAGUCGCUGAAUGGGAAGCAGUUCCAACCCCUGAAGAACUUGGAGUACCUUAACAUGGCUCACAAUAGGAUUGAUAUGUACUAUGAUGGUGCUUUCCAGGAACUGAAAAACACACUCAAGGUGCUUGACCUUACAAAUAACGGCUUUCAUUUUCGUAUGAAGGGUAUGGGACACCGUUUUGAGUUUAUUCAAAACCUGACAUCUCUGGAGGUUUUAGGUUUGUCUGAGAAUAGUAUUGGGAUUCGCAUAUCCUUCACAUUAAAAAGUUCCUCCCUCAGGUAUCUCUUCUUUUCUGGAAAUCGCUUGGAUAUAAUGUGGGACAACGCUCGCGACCAGUAUAUCCAUUUUUUCCAGAAUCUCAUCAGUCUUAUGUACUUGGACAUCUCUAGAAACCGCCUCGUAUCAUUUCCCCCAGAGGCAUUCUGCAACCUCCCUAAAAAGCUGCGAAUUUUGAAGGUUGACAGUAACAAACUAAGGUAUUUUCCUUGGCACAAUCUCACUGUUUUAAAUGACCUGCUUUACCUAAACCUCAGUGGUAAUUCCCUAACAGAGCUGCCCACAGAUAACAUUGAGUUUGGGGAUAACUUUACCACGCUGGAUCUAAGUUUUAACAAAAUCAGAUGGCUUCCAGAGUCCUUCUUUAAAAAGGCUCACUCUCUGAGGUACCUAAGGUUGAGUCACAAUGAGCUCAAAUUCCUUGAUACACAAAGCUUUCCAUUUCAGCUCAGUGGUUCUCUCAAAGAACUGAGGCUUGAUGGCAACCCGUUCAUGUGCAGCUGUGACACUUCCUGGUUCAUAGACUUUUUGAGGACCAGCCCCUUCACAGUUCCCUCAAUCACCACUGGAAUCAGGUGUGGUUUCCCUGAGUCCCAGCAUGGACAGAUGGUGCUGUCAAUGGACCCACGCUCGUGUCAGGAGAUCUUUGGAAGUUUGGGGUUCCUGUUCACCUCUUUCAUGACCGUUGUGUUCACUUUGGUGCCCCUGCUCAAGAAGCUCUAUGGCUGGGAUCUUUGGUACUGUCUUCAGGUGUUUUGGGCAGGACACAAAGGUUACUCUCAGUUACGUGAUGGACAAGGAAAGCACGAUGCCUUUGUUGUUUUUGACACUGCAAAUGCUGCUGUAAAGGACUGGGUGUACCAUGAGCUAACGGUUAAUUUGGAGGAGAGAGGAAGGCAGAGGUUCAGUCUCUGUCUUGAGGAAAGGGACUGGAUCCCAGGGAUUUCAUGCAUAGAAAAUCUACAUAAUGCAGUGUAUCACAGCAGGAAGACUGUUUUUGUUUUGACAGCCGCUGGUUCGGUCAGUGGCAUCCCUAGACAGGCAUUCUUCAUGGUCCAGCAGCGACUCUUGGAUGAAAAGUUGGACACAAUUGUUCUGGUUCUUCUGGAUGAAAUAUUUCCAAAGCCAAAGUAUCUGCAAAUGAGAAAAAUGCUCUGCAGGAAGUCAGUUCUCUCAUGGCCCAGAAAUCCUCAUGCUCAGCAACAUUUCUGGAACAAAAUGAGAACAAUUUUGGCCUCUGAUAACAGCCAUUCAUACAAUUACCACGUGAGUGAGAGCCUGUUGUCCAAUGGUUUGAUAUAACACUUUUACGAUUAAUACACACAAUGGAAUUGUACUGUGUUUUAUCAUGGGGCAGCAUGCUGAGGGUACAGCCUUGUAACCUCAGCGCUGCUGGAUAGUACAACUGAUCACAGUACUUACACCAAACUGAUUCAGAAAAAAAAUACCCUGCUGUACAAAUCGGUCAAAUAUUUUGCUGCUUUGCAUUAAAGUGUCAACUGAGCAACAUAU